AGAACGCAUGCGCAAUGCGCAGGUCGAAUUCGUCAAUCGUCAUAUUCGUGCGCUGUGGCCGACAUUACAGUUAAUCUUUUACUAUUUCAUCCAGAUCUAGUGGAAUUCUUUGCCAAGGAGAUUGAAACUGAAUACAAAAUGCCUAAUCAAGUUUUAACAAUAGAACCACAAAAUGAGUUGAAGUUUAAAGUUACUUUUUCAGGCUUGUUCGAAUCCGGAUACACAACAUACAUGAGGCUGACAAAUCCCUCAAAUGAUACAGUCCUCUUCAAAAUUAAGACAACUGCACCAAAGAAAUACUGUGUUCGUCCAAAUUCAGGCAUCCUGGAUCCUAACUCUAAGGUUGAGAUUGCCAUAACCCCGCAGCCUGUCUAUGUUGACCCUAAUGAAAAACAUAAGCAUAAGUUUAUGGUACAAAGUGUUAUUGCUCCAGAAGGAAAGACAAACAUUGAUCAAGUAUGGAAGGAGAUAAGUCCCGAUCAACUCAUGGAUUACAAGCUUAAGUGCGUGUUUGAGUCUCCGCAAGUGGUAUCUCCUCAGCAGGAUGCUGGUGACAACGCCGGUCAAAAUGAAGUGACGAAGAAAAGAGUUGCUGUCACCUCAGAGGACCCUAAGGCCUCGACUAAGGACGCAAUAGAAGGUCCCAUCCACACUGAAAAGAGGAAGGAGAUAAGCGCCGUUGACGUGAUACCUACCCCACCGAAAAUGACUACUACGAAAACUGAGAACUUCGAAGGUGAUUUGCAGAAAGUUGCAAACGAAGUUCAACUUCUGAGAGAAGAGGAAAGUAAACUGAGACAUGAAAAUCUUCGAUUAAAAGAGGACUUGCUGCGUUUGCACCAAACCGUCGGUGCGGAGGGGCGGGUGACGCGUCGCCACUCGUUCAGCCCCACCAAAACCGACCAGGCGUCGCUCCUACCCUGGCUAGCCGUCGCCGUCGGCAUGGCAAUAUUCGGCAUCAUCAUCGGGAAAUUUAUCAUGUGAAGUGGCCGGUCUCGCCUUACUUAUGCCGCUGUUACACCACUCCCGAGCAUUUCACAAGGCAGCUUAUAUCUUUCGAUCGUACAGCAAAAGUUACAUCGAUAUUGCUUUUAGGUUUUUCUUUUGUAUUGGAAACUCUGUUUGUGUUUUUCUGUAAAAAUCUGACCAAUAUGCAAGUUAUAACCAUGUUUUAUGUAUACAUUAAAACAAACUGCUUUUCAUAAACUUAUGACUUACUUGAUUACUAAAAAUGCUAACAGUUUCUAUUGCAAAAUUAAGGUAAUUCGUGAUUGCAUAAAUAAGCUUUUAAAACCGAAUCGUUACCGAGCAAUAUAAAUCAGAAACGACAUAACUUUUAGAGCAACACGACUAGUCUUGAUGCAUCAAUGUGCAAAGACAUUUUUAGAAAUUAAUUUCUUCGAGCAAUAUUUUUGUAAGGAUACACCUAAACUUUUGCUCAGUGUGCAUAACUAGGCCUAUUCCACACUCGUUUGGUGAUUAUUCUGUUGCUGGUUUCCCUUAAUCUGAUUUAAAUCAUGACAAGUAGUUUUAAUCAUGACUCAUUUGCAUUUGCUAUUAUGUCAAUACUGGCUUACCGUUGCCCUGUCUUAUUUCAUUUUCGUUAAAAUCGGUCGUCCCGUUUUCGAAAACUUCGGCAAUCUACUAACUUCGUGACACGAGAUUUUUAUAUACUAGGUAAUUUAAAACAAGUUAAAUAUCGAAACUCAAAGAAUAUGAAAUGUUUAUUUUUAAGUAAGCAUUCGCAUGAGAUAAAAAAUUCUUAACAUAAGCCUAGCGUAUAACUUAAAAGCUAGAACUAUGAUGAGUCAUGGUGUAAAAUAAUGCUAUAAACUGUUUGACUAUUUGCUACUAUGUAUUCAUAAAUAUUGUAAUUCAGUAAAAGUAAUGUUAAAACUGCCUCGUUGAAUAAUU